AUGAAAAAAUUAAUUAAAGAUAAACAUCCAUUUGUUGGAGAAGUAGAACUUCGAAAAAUAGCAGUUGGCAAAACAGAAUUAAAUAAAGAACUUCAAAAGAAAAUUCCUAUUCGCGAAAUUUUACGUACAGCUUCAGUUUGGGCUGUCUGGAUUGCGGCAAUUGGAAAUUUUGUUUGUGUUAAUAUGAUGUUCCUUUAUUCUCCAAGUUAUUUAAAUGUAGUUCUUCGCUUUCCUGUGGCACAUACUGGAUUUUCAGCUUCAUUAGCACCUUUAGCCCAAUUUUGUAUUAAAUUACUUGCUGGGUUUACUAGUGAUAAGAUUCGAUUCUUGUCUGAAACAAAUAAAUUACGUCUUUACAAUUCAAUUGCAUUUUUUGGUUCUGGUCUUUUCCUUUCAAUGCUAGCUUUCUUCCCUACAGACCAACCAACUUUAUGUCUAGUUUUAUUAGGAAUUUCAGCUGGAUUGCUUGGAUUUACAACUGGGGGAUUUUUUAAAACUGGGCCUUUGGUAGCAAAACAUUAUGCACUUGUGGUUAUGGGACAAAUUUCUUUGGCAAUUACAAUAACCCUUCUACUAGUUCCAAUUAUGCAAAACACGUUGGCACCACAUAACAAGGCUGAAGAAUGGCGGUAA